AGCCACAACAAACCCACCUGCUCCAGCCGCGCCGCCACUGUCCCUGUCUCUGAACCGAUCCGAUGUCAGGAGAUACACAACGAGCAUACUUUUAUAUCAUUGUUUUUUGUACGCAAGAAUAUAUUUGGUUGAUGUAUUCGUAUAAGUUUUACGCGCAGGGGUCACUCUUUCCCACGCGCUGUUAGCUUGUUUUGUGUUAGCAAGCAGCACAACAUGACGGCGGCGUGUAGCAUUUGCUGAAUGGAGGAGCGCUUCCUCAUUGUUUGCCAAAAGGGGCAGUUCUGCUUUCAGAGCCAGCUUCAGUGAAUGAUAAAUACACAGACAGCACCAGUGAGAAGCACACACAGCGCCAUGGAGCCACAGGCGGGCGCAGGCUGUCUGAAUCUGGGCAGUCUAGUGAGCACUUUACCGGUGAUCCCGUACCAGAAGCUGACUGACCUUUACUACCUGAGCAGAGGCGGCUUCGGAACCGUGUUUAAGGCGCAGCACUCGGACUGGAGGACCACGGUGGCCAUCAAGUGCCUCAAGCUGGACUCCCCGUUUGGAGAAAGAGAGAGGAACAGUUUGCUAAAGGAAGCUGAAGUGCUCCACAAGGCCAGGUUUAACUACAUUAUACAGAUUUUUGGUGUCUGCAAUGAGCCUGAGUUUUUCUGCAUUGUCACUGAAUUCAUGAGCAAUGGUUCCUUGGACUUACUCCUUCAUGAGAAGGACAUGUACCCUGAACUGGCUUGGCCGUUAAGACUGAGGAUCUUGUAUGAGAUUGCUCUCGGAGUGAAUUACCUUCACAACAUGAACCCUCCCCUUUUGCAUCAGGACCUAAAAACACAAAAUAUUCUUCUGGAUGGAGAAUACCAUGUCAAGAUUGCUGACUUUGGUCUUUCAAAAUGGCGGCAUUUGUCAGUGAGCAAAGGCUCUGGAUCCAAACCCACAGAGAUGGGAGGCACAGUGAUCUACAUGCCUCCAGAGAAGUACGAGCCCUCAGCCAAUAACAGGAGCAGACGUGCUGAUGUGAAACACGACAUGUACAGCUAUGCAAUCAUCAUGUGGGAGGUACUGUCCAGGGAGAUCCCCUAUGAUGAGAUGAACAACCCAAUGCAGAUAAUGUUCAGCGUGAUCCGUGGUACUCGUCCCGACACAAGUUUAGACAGUCUUCCUGCCCACAUUCCCAACAGAGAGAUACUAAUCAGUUUGAUAACCAGCGGCUGGACUGCUAACCCAGACGAGCGUCCGUCUUUUCUCAAGUGUUUGAUUGAGCUGGAGCCAAUGGUUAGGAGCUUUGAUGACAUUGACUUCCUGGAAGCAGUAUUAGAGCUCAAAAGGUCAAAGAGGAGGGCAGAGUGUUGUUGUUCUUCUUCUCCACUUUCCUCUCCCAAGAGGAGUGAUGAGGAAACGCUGGGACAUAGACACAACCCCACAGAACAGUCUGUGUCUGGCUCAGGGUCUUGUUCCUCACCAGAGACUGAAAUCUCUUUACCAGGGUUUCUCAUCAGCAGCAAUGCUCCUCAAGGUUUACCAUCGUCCUUCAUUGCCCCUGAGCAGCCUGAGUCUCUGAAGUCAUUGAAGUCUGAUCCCUCCAACAACCUGAAUGGAAGCCAGAGCCCUGAGAACACCAGGUUAAAUAUUCCUUUCUCUGAGUGUUCGACUCAACCAGACAACAAUGUACUCAAGCCAGGACAACAGCAGUCAGAUUGUUGCUCACCGCCGCGGCAGUCCCCACCGUUAAGAGGCCCAAUUGAAGAGUGGAUUGCUAGUCGUCGGGAAGAGAUUGUGUUGCAAAUGACUGAUGCGUGCCUGUACCAGACGCUGGACGCCCUCAUAGCUCAGGGCUUAAUUAUGCAGGAGGACUACGAGCUGGUUGUGAACCAACUGACAAGGACUGCAAAGGUUCGCAAGCUUCUGGACAACUGCCAUAGACACAAUGAAGACUUCUGCCGCAUUGUUGUAUCCAAACUGUAUCUCAAUAAGCAAAUGGGUCUGAAACCUUAUCCACCUGAAAUUGCCACUUUUUCGCCUACUGGAUCCAGUGCAUCUCAGAUGGUUUUUUCCUCCAUGUCCAGGAACGUGUAGCAGCAAAUACCACGGAAAAGUUUACACCACUGACUGUUACUUUGCUUACGUGUUUCUGCCUAAAGAUUGAACCCAACUAUAAUAAUAGAUCAGUGGUAUUUGUAUAAUCUACUGUAUUUCCGCUUUUAAUGUAAUUGCUCUUAUGUUAUUUAUUAUUAUUGUUAUUAUUAUUACUAUUAUUAUUCCAGCUUUAAUCUAUUUUUGGACACCUUUUAUUAGGCAAGGUUACUCUUAACAAAAUCUGACUUCAGGCAUGUUUUAUACCAUUAUACCACAGUUAAAAGCUACAAUAGUCUGUUUAGAUAAUGUAGUUUUAGCAUAAUUUUUACUUUUUGGAAACUGAAACACAAAGCAAGUUUAGGUUUCACUUUGAUACUACUAAUACCACACACUUGUCUUCAUCAGGGUUUGUAUACUUUGGCACAUUCUGUCCUGAAAAUAAUUCCUUAUGCAUAUUAAUUUGCACAAAGACUGUUGAAAGGUGGAAUUACACUUGACAGUCUCAAAGAACUGGCCAAUAUUUUGUUAUCCAAAAGCAAACAUUAAGUUGAACCAGGAACCCAGUUCAUUGCAGAUUUGUUUCACUUUUGGUUUUGAGAGUUGGGCUGGAUUGACUGGUUUGAGGAAACAAGAUUCAGCAGAGUGAUUUCAUCAUUAUAUUUUGUAUAGCAAAAUGAUACUAAUUAUGUAUAAUCAACCGCUUCUAGUUUACACAGUUUUUAUCGCUCCUCGAGAAACAAAACAACAUUCAAUCAUUAGGAGGAGGUACUGACAGUAUUUUUGUUAAUAUUUAUGCAGUGAAUUCUGAGUUGUCACAGUACCUGAACAAAUUUAAAAUGAAUGCUUCCACUUAAUAAUAAAAACUGCCUUUUGCUCAGUAACUGUGCCUCAGUCUUAACAAGUAUUUUAACAUUCAACAUUAAAUAGAACUCAACUGAGCCUUGAAACCUGUCACAAACUGUAACAUAUUUGUACUAUAGAUACAGUUUUCCUUUUUAUACAUAUGAUUAUUAUUUUAUGUCAUGUUUAUUUGUAAAAUUGUCUAAGUAAUAAGAUGUCGAUUGGGUAUAUAAUUUUCAAAGUAUGUCCAUGUGUAGCUUUUGGACAGUAGAACCUUCCUCUUACAUCUUCUUACUCAAUAAAAAGCUACGUUUUAUUUCUU